AUGAAAACACUUUUGUGCCUGGUGACACUCCCCAUCCUUGGAAUCGCCUAUCCUCCUCGUCUCGGCGACCCGUUCAGUCCUCUCGGGCCGUGGACAAAUAGGGGUCCACCAUGUGGACUUCCAAGCUUUGUCGAGAAGCUCCCCGAGGAAGCGCAAGAGAAGGUGCGAUCUAUAUGGAGUAACUACAAGGAGGGAGAAGAUUGCAUGAAGGAACAUAAACAGACCAAAGAAAUUCUUCAUGAACUUCCUGAAGAAGUGCGGGAGAGGGUCAUGGGUGGAAAAUGUGGACCAAGUUUCCUUCGCAAUGUUUCAUCAACCGUACGACGAGAAUUUCGUGCAGUUUGGUUUGAUCAUCGUCUUCCUCUGGAAGCGAAAGAGCUUACACUCAAGAGACUUGCUUAUUCGUUAUUGAGUGGAGAAUCGCUCGCAUUGUACGUAAAAUGGGAAGAAGAACUGCAACAUCGAAAGAAAGACCUCGAAAACAAAAUUGAUGCUCUUUCCCCGGCAGCAAAAGAGGCAUAUGAGGGAUGGAAGAAACUUCGGAUGCAGGAAAAGCUCUACCUAGCCGAAUUGCCGAAAGAAAUUCGUGAGGAACUCCGAUCAUUGUGUGGAUGGAAGAAAAGAGAAGAGCUCAGCACGGAAGCACCUGUAACCACGUCAACAGAUUCUGAAGAGACCACACAGGUGAUGGAUCUGACGACUACAGCUCAACCCAUAAUUGAGGAAAAAACUAAGGAACUUGAAUUUGCCUCCUUCCUUGACGUAUCAAUGCCAGAAGAGUUGAACAGUGAAGCGCAAUGCUCAUAUUACGCUUGA